GCAAAGGGUAUCUUAUUAUUCCCUCCCCGCGCAGCGCGCUAGGCUGGCGCUUGCGGGAAUCCCGGACCUCGGGCUCCUCUCCUUUCUGCAGCAGGGGAGUCCGCACCGGCGGCCGCGCGACUCUGCUCCAUCUUUCGCCCACCACCACAACCCGCUGCUUGCCCGGUUCCUAAUUAUUAUUAUUAGUAUUUCUACGCGCGUGGUUGAUCCGUUGCUUCCGACGCUUCUCCUCGGCUGGGGACAGAACUAAACAGCCAGACGCCCGACCCGCUCUUCGAUUGCUGCUGCAACAACAUCGGGUGACUGCAGGCGCGGGUCAAACUUUGCAGAAAGUCCCACUGGCCAGCGGCGACAUCCUCCACCUCCCAGCGUGCCCGAGGCGUCUUCUUUCCCCUCUGCAGUCCUGCUCUUUUGCAAACGGGGCUCUGCAAAAGCACACGCGCGGGCGCACUACCCUGCCCGCCUUUCUGCUUCACUCUGACGAGGAAGACGGGAAUCCCAGUGAUGUGUGGAGAGCAAAUCAGCCUGACCGCCAGCCUCCCACUCGUCUCCUCUAUCUGCAGCUGUUUCAGACCUUAAAGGCACUUCCUUCCAACCCGCGCAGGAAUGCUGGAGAGACCUGCACCAUGCCGGCAUCUCAAAGUCGGGCCAGGGCGAGAGACAGGAACAAUGUCUUGAACAGGGCUGAGUUCAUGUCGCUUAACCAGCCCUUGAAAGGUGCCCAAGAACCCAGGAGUGCUGGCCGGAGGCAGAACAGCCAGCCCGGCCCCACUCCUGCCCCAAACGAGGGUGCCAAGGAGCGGAGGCAGUCUCAGCAGCUGCCCGAGGAAGACUGCAUGCAGCUGAACCCUUCCUUCAAAGGAAUCGCCUACAACUCCCUCCUGGCCAUCGACAUCUCUCUCUCAAAGAGGCUUGGGGUGUGCGCCAGAAACGCCUCGUCCUGGGGCAAUGCCCGCUCCAUGAUCAACCUCAUCGGGAUCACCGGGCAUGGGAUCCCUUGGAUCGGCGGCACGCUGAUCUGCUUGGUGAAGAGCAGCACCCUGGCAGGCCAGGAGGUCCUCAUGAACCUACUUUUGGCCUUAUUUCUGGACAUCAUCAUUGUGGCUGGCUUACAGAAGAUGGCCAAGCGAAAGGGCCCGUAUGACAUAAGCCCAGGCCUGUUGGACUACUUGACCAUGGAUGUCUAUGCCUUUCCAGCAGGACACGCCAGCCGAGCUGCCAUGGUGUCCAAGUUCUUCCUCAACCACCUGGUCUUAGCUGUGCCACUCAGGAUCUUAAUUGUGAUCUGGGCCUUCUUGGUGGGACUUUCCCGGAUCAUGGUUGGGCGGCACCACGUCACCGAUGUCGUUUCUGGAUUUGUGUUUGGCUAUUUGCAGUUUAGGCUGGUGGAGGUGAUGUGGAUGUCUUCUAAUACUUGCCAGAUGUUGAUCUCCAUGUGGUGAAACAGCAGCAACGCACUGUCCUUUCCCCCUUUAUUUUUACACAAU